AGCUCUGCAGUUCUCCUCUGUGGUACUGAUCAGGUGGUUGCAGAGCUCCGGCUCACAGUGACACAAUGCAGCUGAGCAGGCAAGCAGAGCCCACAGCUAGAAGCGGUUCCCACUCUCCAGAACAAGGCGACCUCUAAGCUUAAGUUUCCCGGAGAAAAUGAGAUGCUGAUGUUGAAGACAACCCUAUGGCUUUGAUGGAAUAUCAGAUAUUGAAAAUGUCUCCCAGCCUGUUCAUCCUUCUGUUUCUCACACCUGGUAUUUUAUGCAUUUGUCCUCUCCAAUGUACAUGCACAGAGAGGCACAGGCAUGUGGACUGUUCAGGCAGAAACUUGACUACAUUACCAUCUGGACUGCAAGAGAAUAUUAUCCAUUUAAAUCUGUCUUAUAAUCACUUCACUGAUCUGCAUAACCAGUUAACCCAAUAUACCAAUCUGAGGACCCUGGACAUUUCAAACAACAGGCUUGAAAGCCUGCCUGCUCAGUUACCUCGGUCUCUCUGGAAUAUGUCUGCUGCUAACAACAACAUUAAGCUGCUUGACAAAUCUGAUACUGCUUACCAGUGGAACCUUAUAUAUCUGGAUGUUUCUAAGAAUAUGCUGGAAAAGGUUGUCCUCAUUAAAAAUACACUAAGAAGUCUUGAGGUUCUCAAUCUCAGUAAUAACAAACUUUGGACAGUUCCAACCAACAUGCCCUCCAAACUACACGUCGUUGACCUGUCUAACAAUUCCUUGACACAAAUCCUUCCAGGAACAUUAAUAAACCUGAAAAAUCUCACACAUCUUUACCUGCACAAUAAUAAGUUCACAUUCAUUCCAGAUCAAGCUUUUGACCAACUCUUUCAGUUGCAAGAGAUAACCCUUUACAAUAACAGGUGGUCAUGUGACCAUGAACAAAACAUUACUUACUUAUUGAAGUGGAUGAUGGAAACAAAAGCCCAUGUGAUAGGGACUCCCUGUUCUAGGCAAAUAUCAUCUUUGAAGGAACAUAACAUAUACCCCACACCUUCUGGAUUUACCUCAAGCUUGCUAACUGUAAAUGGGAUGCAGACAGUGGACACCAUUAACUCUCUGAACAUGGUAACUCAAUCCAAAGUGACCAGAAUUCCCAAACAAUAUCAAACAAAGGAAACAACGUUUGGUGCCACUCUAAGCAAAGACACCACCUUUCCUAGCACUGACAAGGCUUUUGUGCCCUAUCCAGAAGAUACAUCCAUAGAAACGAUCAAUUCACAUGAAGCAGCAGCUGCAACUCUAACUAUUCAUCUCCAAGAUGGAAUGGUUACAAACACAAGCCUCACUAGCUCAAUAAAAUCAUCCCCAACACCCAUGACCCUAAGUAUUACUAGUGGCAUGCCGAGUAACUUCUCUGAGAGGCCUCAACAAAGCACAACUCUUAACUUACGGAGGGAAGAGACAACCACAAAUGUAAAGACCACUCAUUUGCUUUCUGUGGCAAGUGCUUGGAAAGUAAAUGCUUCAUUUCUCUUAAUGCUCAAUGCUGUGGUCAUGCUGGCUGGCUGAGGGUCUGCAUUUUCUGAAACUAAUGAAAGAACUCCUCCCUGAUGUAUAGCUGGGAAAAUACACCCCUAACCAGUGAUUCAAGCUAUAUUAAAUAUUCAAGAAAGCCAGUCUUACAUUUCUGACUCUGAUGUAAAUGAAGUAACUUGUCUUAAAUAAAAGAAGUGCACAAUGUCUUGGUACUUGCUGCUAUCUUACCGUCUUAAUUAAGUAAAACUAAUGAGUUCCUUCUUUUUAAAUGAAAUGCUUUCUUUUUAAGGCUUCAAUUUAUUGCGCAAAACAUAAAGCAUCUAAACUUUAAUAUGUAUUUUAUGUAUGUUUACACUGUCAAACAUCUGGGAAAAAAAAAUAAAAGGUCUAUGCUCAUAACUGUGUCAUUCAGCAU